ACCUUACGUCAAUCAGGUGAAAAUGAGUACGUAGCUUCGGCAGGUGAAGUUCCUGGGAUAGAACAUUAGACUGAGGCCCGUGUAGGAUUGAAGCACAUCAAAGAACAUGAAGGGGCUUUUCUCGGUAGACAAAAAUCAAACCUUACAGUCAGGUCUCCGUGUUGGCAUUUCGAGAAAGGUGAAAGUCACCUGAUGCUUCCACAAAAUGUGGCGAAUCCAAAUGAAUAGACAAAUAAAGAUGGUGGUAGAUGGCAUAUAAAGACUUCUGAUUUUAUUGUAUUCAAAGCUAGCAGCUCUAGAACAGCUUGUCCAUGGCUACUUACUUCAUCACGUAACAAUGCCAAGGAUUCUAGAACAAGGUACCUAGAUACGUCUUACAAACAAAAGCGACUGAUCGCACUGUAUCCUCGAGUCAUCCUUAAUUGGUCAUAGAUAAUUUAUAUCUGAGGACAAAAAUGUUGCCAUUAGGACAAUCUCUGGCUGGCCGUCUUUGUUCUUCCCUUGCUAGUGCCUCAAAACGGUCGCUAGUGACCUGCCAAGUCCUUUCCAGCAGCAUUCCGUCGAGCAGCCAAAAUUGCUCUUUUUUCAAGAAUCGCCAGGUGUCGGCUCAGUCAGCGCCGUUGGUCAACACAGUGAGCAGGCGCCACAGAUGGAAGGACGUGAAUGGUCACCCGAGCUCAAUCUUGCCCUUCAUCACAACUGGCACCGCAGAGGUGUCUCACCUGGCCUUGUGGGAAGAUGCCUGCGCCGUUGACAAUAUGAAAGCGCACCUGGCGACAUUGUCGGCAGCCGCUAGACCCCCGUGCACUGUGGCUGUUAGGCCUGAACUUCCACAGGACAGCUUGGACGGACAACUAGACGCAAAUGCUGGGCCCUCGGACGCUGCAGAGCAGGACGAUGCAACAUAUAGGCAGGAGACUGCUAAGUCAAACGAGAUAUCAAGCAUCCCCAUCAAAGAACAGCAAGAAGCUGUUGUUCAGGUUCUGGAAACUGAUUGCGCACUCCUAUUACGGAGAAGGCACGCCGUGGUCUCGCCAAGAGGAAAACGGGCUUCUGCUCAAUUAACCACAUCCCAGACUUGACCACCAGUGAGACAGAUUUAAAAGAGAGGGUACGCGCUAUCUUCAAGACGCUCGACUACCGGCUAACCGCGAGGAUGAUGAGAGCCAAGCCUGUCAUGAAGAUGCUGAACCGCGUCCGAAGGAGCAGGAGAAUCAUCUUGAGGCCCCUGAGCGCGAUGGAGAGUUGGGAAAGAAGAGGAGCGUGUGAAUACGAGAGGGAGAAACGGCUCACUUAUGUCACUCUCCGACUCGAACACGAGGCAGACGUGAUGGGGGAAAAGAAGAAACAACGACUGAAGAACUUCCGCAGCUUCCUCAGUAGGGGUGGGUAUGAUGGUGACCUGACAGAAUAGUAUCAGGGGGCCUGCAGAACAGGAAUCGCCACUUCAACCAUCUUUCGGAAAGAUGGCGUAGAAAUGUUCCACACUGGUACUGAUGUCAUGGACCCGACUACACCAGUGGCGUUCACAGACGUCCGCCGGAUGUUGUCUACGGCGACAGAUCGCCGGCGAAGAGCUCCAGGAGCGCUUGGACAGUAGUGUCAGUACGGUCGAUGGACAACAAACCAUACACUUGAGAGGAUCGUAGGAUUGAAGACAGUUGAAGAGAAGAUAAUAGUACGUGGAACCACUCUCAGGCUGUGGUGGACAAGUACGGAUGUCCCCAAAUUGCCAUUGCUGUACCGGUACCGUUGAAGGUCGGACUCCGGGAGAGUUAGAUCCAUCACAGUACAAAGCUGAUGUAGUACUGAGCACAUAUGUCCACAUUUUAGAUCUAGCGGCAGUAUGCUGUAAUGACCCGACUGAGCCUGUUGACAUUGUGAACAGUGAACGGAUAUCGUGGAAUUGCUAUCAGUCUGGGUUGCCAUAAUAAUAUUAUGGCAACCCAGUUGCUUAUGUUCUCCAGGCAUGCUCUCGGGUUACGUGACCUCGCCAUCGAUAGGUUCUUGAUUUGAACUGUGGUGGAAUACACGAACUCAGCCUCGAUCGUCGGCUUAUAUACUGUCUGGCAUCUGCAUUUCUGCAAGUUAUUGAUAGAUGACGCUGCGGUGGUUGUACAAAGUACAGAAAGUGUGGGCUGUAGCCUGUAUCAGUUACGUUGUCACUGUUUGAUUGGAGAACAGUUAGCACUAACGUUAAACACGCUGUGUUCACACGUACUGAUUUCGUUGUCCUUUCGUUGUUUUGUCAGCAAAUCUUUUACUCUGACUCAGACUUUAUCUUUCUUAAGUAAUAUGAAAUGGCUCGAAUACACAUAUUAUUGGAUCAAGUCUUCGCCACGCCUUCACAACAUCAUCUGUUAUGAAAAUACCAGCGUACUUGAGCUUUUAUACCGUUACAUGUCAUUUGCCGAUUUAGCGAAAGUAAUUUUACACACACAUGGUGGUAUGUGAUGUGGUUUAAAAUUUUCUUAUCAUAUAGGUAUAUGAGGCUGAUACUUCUUAUCCUGUUAUCCACACCUUUUAUAGGUGCAGAUUCUCUUCGUCCGUCAAUUGGUCUUGUAUUUACGUGCGAGGACGAAGAGACUCCGCAUACGCAGCUAUCACAUUUCUUUUCCGACACCAGGCUAACAAUGUGUUCCGUAAUGUCACUAACACGUUCAUUUCUGUCAAUUCUCUUGUCGUUACCAUCUGGCGCACAUUACCCCCAGCUUUCAUCGGUGUGACAUCAUCAUUAUCAUCGUCAGUUGCACCAAGGAGCUCAACCUCCUCGGUUGCGCCAUUGCAAUAUAUCUACGAAAUAGAAACUAUGCCAAUACUACUUUUGUUGCAUCGCUAAUUGCUUUAUCUUGCCAUCACCUAAGACGCCCACUGUGUUAGCAUAGCUUUAUAUAACGUUAUGUUCAGCGUAAACGAUAGAUCAGAAGUAGCAUAGCUUUAGUAGUUUUGUUUCUCCAAUUGUUCACUGUCAACACUGCAAGUGAUAGUAUUUUACAGUAGUUUUUCAGGUAAUGGUAUAACUGCAUUUAGCCCAUGUGGACAAGAACAUAUGCUUGCAAAUGAAAAUCAUCAUAGUGAAGUCGUGGA